GGCUCCUCCCCAGCCGCCCUGCCGCCAGCAUGAGAGAGAGAGGAAUAGAAAUCGCUUGGAAGGGAGCUAGUGAAAAAAUAAAGGGUCAGAAAAUGGAGCUGCAGUAAUUUUCUGAAAGUAGAACUAAAUUGGUGGAAUCAAUCAUUAUUUCUGAUGUGAAGACUUCAUCACUGACAUCUGUAUGUUCAUUUGUCAGCCUCCAAGAAAUAAUACAGCUCAUCAGUGGCGAUAACUGCUUUUGGUGUACACAGACAUUUAUUUGAAAAAACAAAUAAACAAAAAACCCCAACAGACAAAACCCAAUAAACCUUUUGAAGACUUGUGUCAAAUGACGUCAAUGGCCAGUUUGUUCUCCUUUACUAGCCCAGCUGUAAAGCGUCUGUUGGGCUGGAAACAAGGAGAUGAAGAGGAAAAAUGGGCAGAAAAAGCUGUUGACGCUUUGGUAAAAAAGCUGAAAAAGAAAAAAGGUGCUAUGGAAGAACUGGAGAAAGCCUUGAGCAGUCCAGGACAGCCCAGCAAGUGUGUUACUAUCCCCCGCUCUUUAGAUGGACGACUUCAAGUUUCUCACAGAAAAGGCCUUCCCCAUGUAAUUUACUGUCGUGUUUGGCGUUGGCCUGAUCUACAAAGCCAUCAUGAGCUGAAGCCAUUGGAUAUUUGUGAAUUUCCUUUUGGAUCUAAACAGAAGGAAGUCUGCAUCAAUCCAUACCACUAUAAGAGGGUGGAGAGCCCAGUUCUACCUCCAGUGUUAGUGCCUAGACAUAGUGAAUUCAAUCCACAGCACAGUCUACUAGUUCAGUUUAGGAACCUAAGCCACAAUGAACCACAUAUGCCACACAACGCGACAUUUCCAGAUUCUUUCCAGCAACCCAACAGCACUCCAUUUUCCAUUUCGCCAAACAGUCCUUAUCCACCUUCUCCAGCCAGCAGCACUUACCCAAGCUCCCCAGCUAGCUCUGGACCAUCUAGUCCAUUUCAGCUACCGGCUGAUACUCCACCUCCUGCAUAUAUGCCCCCUGAUGAUCAAAUGGGACAGGAUAAUUCUCAGUCUAUGGACACAAGCAAUACAAUGAUCCCUCAAAUCAUGCCAAAUAUAUCUACCAGAGAUGUUCAGCCUGUUGCCUAUGAAGAACCCAAACACUGGUGUUCGAUUGUGUAUUACGAAUUAAAUAAUCGUGUUGGGGAGGCUUUUCAUGCAUCUUCUACAAGUGUCUUAGUAGAUGGGUUUACAGAUCCCUCCAAUAAUAAAAACAGGUUCUGCUUAGGUUUGCUCUCAAAUGUUAAUCGCAACUCAACAAUUGAGAACACUAGACGACAUAUUGGAAAAGGAGUUCAUCUCUACUAUGUUGGUGGGGAAGUCUAUGCUGAGUGUUUAAGUGAUAGCAGCAUAUUUGUACAGAGCAGGAACUGCAACUACCACCAUGGCUUUCAUCCAACAACUGUAUGCAAGAUUCCUAGUGGAUGCAGUCUGAAAAUUUUUAACAAUCAGGAGUUUGCUCAGCUUUUAGCUCAGUCUGUCAACCAUGGAUUUGAAGCAGUAUAUGAGCUCACCAAAAUGUGCACCAUUCGAAUGAGUUUUGUAAAGGGCUGGGGAGCUGAAUAUCACCGACAAGAUGUCACGAGCACUCCAUGCUGGAUAGAAAUUCAUCUUCAUGGGCCCCUCCAGUGGCUGGAUAAAGUACUUACACAAAUGGGUUCUCCUCUUAAUCCCAUCUCAUCUGUUUCAUAGUGCUGAAAUUUUGUCUUCAGCCUUAUUUUUAGCGAACUUAUUCUAAUUCUAGAGAAACUUCCAGUGUGGAUACUGUGAGCUAUAUGGAGAAUGGAUCUUACGGUUUAACUUUUUUUUAAAUCCCUUUGUGACCAAUUCCAUUGUGUAUAGCUAAUCAGUUUUACAUUUCAAUUUGUUCUUGUGAUGCUUAAGUGACAGUUGAGCCCUAAGGGAAAAAAGUCUAUUGAAAAAUUCAGAACACUUUUCCCCUCCUUCAAGUAGAACUAAACAGGCAUAUGUCUUAACUGGAAAAUUUUUUUUAGUUUUGUCCUGUAGGGACAAGAAUUAUGAAGACUGACUUCAGAAAAUAAAUACAUAUCAUAGUUUGGGAUUUUUUUUAACGUUUAUGAAACUGUUUGAACAUGUGCAGCUCCAGCUUGCAAGCUGUAUUUUUAGCGUAGUUUAACAUCUUAAGGUUGACAUCUGUCAUAAGCAAAAUUAGACUUUAUUACGGCUAAUUUGCCUCAGAUUGAACAAUGUGAUUUUUUUUAAGUGUACACAUGAAAUAUACUUUUUACAAAUAUUGCAGAGGUGUAAAAACACUUGUAUUGUCUAUUGGAAAAUGCUGUCAUAAACACACUGUAUAUUAAUGCAGAAUAGCGGUUCUUAGCCUUUUCCCACUUCAGUUUUGUAAUAGCUCUUUUAACCACCGUUUUAAAUAGUAAUUGAUACAAGGUAAACAUCUUGCACGUUUCUGGAGUAGUAAUUCUUGUUUUGCUUUGAUUUACACUCAUGCCGUUUGGAUUUGGUUGCCAAGGCUAUUUCUUUUUAGGUACCCUUCUCUAUUUUAACAUAAACACUACUAUUUGUAAAUAGCAGUGCUUACUACUUUUUGGAAGGAAUAAGUUUUUUGUUUUCUUUUUGGUGUUCUAGCUGUUUAUUUUGCCUGUCUGGAGUUGAUCUGUGUUAGGCCUUUUAAUCUCUCAGUAGACAUUACGCAGUAUUAGUGAUUACACUGUAUUUAAUUCACUUUCAGUAUGAGUUUGAGUCUCUUUGAAGACUGUGAGUGGCUUAGCAAAUUAGUAACUGAAUGCAGAAGCUUUUACUUCCAGAUCAUGUAAUUUAAUACAGACCUGUUGGUAAUGACCAAAAGUAAUCACUUCUUUGUAGCCUACAUGAAACAGUGGUCUUGAUCCUGUCCCUGAUGGCAGGUGUUCAAUCAGAAGACUCGUAACUGUAGUUGGCAGCUUGAUGGGAUUGAAGGACUGCAUUAAUAUGAUGAUGAAAUUUCUCUCUCACAUGUAAAGAAUCCUGUUGCCUGUGCUGUUGUAUUACUCAGUAGAGAAUUUAAACACUGUACUAAACACUAAAAGAAAUCAGUUAACGUAUGCAUACUUUUCCCCUUUAAAUAAUUAAAAAAGGAGGCUGAAAGAAACAUUCUAAGAGAAUUAGAAGUGAAUUAUAUACAAAAUUUCUUUGCAUGCUGAAAAAGACUUGUUGUAUUUUUUAACUUCCCACCCUCCUUUUACUCUUUCCCGAACACUUCUUCAGAAAAGGGUUCAGUGUUUGGGGGAGAGGCUGAAAACUCUAAAAUGCAAAUACUUAUUAAAAGAUGUGUUGCAGUUAAUUACUGCAAUCCUGAGACAUUGAUUGCUUACACAAGUUCUUGUGUCGUCUGUUGAAUGACAGUUUCUGCUCAAAUGUGGAAAUCAUGCAUCAUAUGGUACCUAAGUAACAAAUGAUCUUAAAGGAAUAAAAUUGUUUACGUGUCAUUAAAAUGUUUCUUAUGAAAUGCCUUAAAGGAAUAAACUGUAACACUUCUGCAGAACCCU